CACAUGGCACAAUGUGAAUGCAGACAAUAACUUAAUUGGAUUUGUUUUAGAGAAAGAUGGUGAAAUGUUAGGUCGUAGAUUACCUCCAGGAUGUUAUGAAACAGUACCUGAUAUUUUAAAAGCUAUUUAUAUUAAAGAACAUCAAAACAAAAUAAUAUUUAAUUAUAACCCAGUAACAAAACGAGUGAAAAUCAAAGUGAAAAAUAACGCUAAAGUGAUUUUACAUGAUGGGUUAGCACAAAUGUUAGGUUUUGAACCUAUGGAAAUUACAUCUACAGAUGAUAGUUCCGAAACUGUUGUAGAAAGUCCUUUUGCAGCCGACCCCUGUGCACAUUAUCGUGUAUUAAUGAUAUAUACGGAUAUUGUAGAACCUCAAAUCGUAGGAGAUGUUUUAGCUCCUCUUCUUCGAAUUGUAAGAGUAACUGGUAGCGAUGGAGAAGUGGUGAGUGCACUAUUUGAUAGACCUCAUUAUUUACCUGUGAAUCGGAAAAUGAUAGACACUUUGGAAAUCGAUAUAAGAACGCAUAUGGGAGCAUUUACGCCAUUUGAACGAGGAAGGUCAUACGUGAAACUUCAUUGUUAAAUGAUGUAUCACAAGGACAAGAUGUAAAAGAGGCUGCUAAGCGUCGACUGAAAGAAGCCGGAAA